UUAAGUACCUUCAGGCGGGAAUGAUGAUCAGGUGGUGUCACCCAAUAAUCACUAUCCCAUAAUCACUGCAUACCAGGGCCCAUAUGAAGACUCCGUCCCUCUUUCUUUCUGCAUGGAAUCAAUACCAUGGAACCUUUCCCUGGAGGAAAGACAGGACAUGCUUGAAGCCUUGGACGUGGAUCUGAACCGAAUGAUCCUCGAAGCAUAUCUUCAGGGGUUAUAUACGGGCAUUUUUUCCGUCGCCCUCUGGACCAUGUUUUCUAGAUCGACAUUCGGAAGGAAAUUUCUAGUCGUCAUCAUUGUCAUGCUUUACCUUCUCGCGACGAUUGGAUUUUCGUUCGACUGGGCCUUCGUCCAUCGCGCAUUCGUAGGACACGGAAAUAACUUGUAUACUGUGUUCAAGGCUGCGGAGCUCCCUAGCCCAUGGUGGAUAGCCUUCCAACUUAUCGAUGGAAUUACGGGAGGUAUCGGCACAUUCCUUGUUGAUAUCACUAUCGUAUGGCGCUGUUGGGUCAUCUGGGACCGGCAAUGGCGGAUUGUCUUAUUUCCGACAUUUUGUGCCGUUGCAGGUACCGUCGCAAAGAUGAUCCAGCUAGUCAGCAUUCUUCGCUAUGAGACUCAGAGUAUCGAGGAUACAGAAGGAUCCACCCCAGACCCACAGUUUGACUUUUCCGUGAUCUACCUCUCAUUGACCUUGGUCACAACGUUGUCGUGUACGGCACUCAUUGUGUAUCGCAUCCUGCGUGUUACGGGUGUUCACUCCUACUGUGGGAUCCUAGAGGCCCUGAUUGAGUCAUCGGCUAUCUACUCUAUGUCGUUGAUUAUCUACUUGGUGCUCGUGAUUUGUGGUCUCGAUGGUUGCUUUUACGCAGACAUCUUCAUGAUGUAUAUCAAGAGUAUUGCACCAACCCUCCUUGUUGCUCGCGUCGCGUCAAAGUCCCGCCGUGGUGAUACCUCUAAGGAAGACUGCGAUCGUGAUGUUCAUCAGACGUAUCCUGAUCCUGAGACGGCGACUAUCAUCAUCUGUCGGUGUCAUAAUUUUGAUGGGGACGGGGAACGUGAUUGCAAUGACCAUAAAAUUUCUUGACUAUAGUGGACGGGGAAUCUAGACGUCCUGAGUAUACAAUUCGAAUAUUUAAUUCCCGCCUUCCCUUGUGACUGGAGCUCACGAGGAUUAUCCGAAAGUGGU